GCAGCAUGCAGCAAAUCACUCAUCACCAACAAUUUUUCAACCGAUUAAAAAUUGCCACGUGUCGUUACUUCAUUAAUCCAAAUAACACUAUAAAUACCUCAUAAACUCAAACGAUUUUAAUCAUUCACAACACAAUUACUUUCUAUUACAAACAUUCAAAACAAAAACUAUUUCAUAUAUAUUUAUUAUAUAAGAAAAAAUGUCGAGCACUCAGUUCAACGCAGGACAAAGCCACGGCCAGACUCAGGCCAAGGCGGAGGAAUGGGUUGACUCAGCAAAGGACACAGCACAUGCGGCCCAUGAUAAGGCCUGCGAUGCAGCGGGCAAAACCCAAGAGCAGGCCCAUAGAAGCAAGGAGGAGAGUGCUGGAUUUCUUCAACAGACCGGAGAGCAGGUGGCUCACAUGGCUCAAGGCGCCAUUGAUGGUGUGAAGAACACUCUUGGCAUGGGCGAGAAGAAGUGAGAGAAGGGCAAUUUGGUUAUUUUCUAUUAUUUUAUUUAUUUAUUUAAUUUCGAUAGUUGCAUUGGGACUUCUUAAUAAAGAUCGAUCCCAAGAUGAAAUAAGAGCUAUGGUUAGAAAUAGAUAGUGUUUUGGUUUAUUUUAUUUUAUUUUAGGUAGCAAUAAUAAAGUUGUCAUUUGAUUUAAGAAUUAUGUGUAAUGAAUCUUGUCAAAUGUAGUAAUAAACAAAUAGAAUUUUGAGUACC